CGGCUCGUCGCCGCCCGCCGUUUCCACGGGGCUCGGGAAACUGUUUGUUUGUUUCGGCGGGGUAGUGUGGGCUAGUCUCUCCGGGCGUUGCCCGAGGCGGGACGGAAUCAAGCCUGAGGUUCCACAAAAGACUGGUGUCAGGUGUGGGAGUCGCCUCAUCUCCCCCCUUUCAGACUAGGUCGGGAGCUGCUGCUAGUUAGACGCGGCUUUUCUUUCAGGAUAUCAUUUUAAGAAUGCGGAUGAUGCCUCUGCCUCAUUAAGUCCACAGGAAGACGGCUACACCUAGGCUGAUGCUAAUUGAACACCACCGUUAUUCCUACUAACGCCCAGGGUCAUUGAGCAUAUCUGUUAAGAUGCCUUAGGGAAAAAUCAUGGAUAAAUAUGUUAGAAUACAGAAGAUUGGAGAAGGUUCAUUUGGAAAAGCCAUCCUUGUUAAAUCUACAGAAGAUGGCAGACAAUAUGUUAUCAAGGAAAUUAAUAUCUCAAGAAUGUCCAGUAAAGAAAGAGAAGAAUCAAGGAGAGAAGUUGCAGUGUUGGAAAACAUGAAGCAUCCAAAUAUUGUCCAGUAUAAAGAAUCAUUUGAAGAAAAUGGCUCUCUCUAUAUAGUGAUGGAUUACUGUGAAGGAGGGGAUCUGUUUAAACGAAUAAAUGCUCAGAAAGGCAUUUUGUUUCAAGAGGAUCAGAUUUUGGAUUGGUUUGUGCAGAUAUGCUUGGCUCUGAAACAUGUACAUGAUAGAAAAAUUCUUCAUCGAGACAUAAAAUCGCAGAACAUAUUUUUAACCAAAGAUGGGACAGUACAACUUGGAGAUUUUGGAAUUGCUAGAGUUCUUAAUAGUACUGUAGAACUGGCUCGAACUUACAUAGGAACCCCAUACUACUUGUCACCUGAAAUCUGUGAAAACAAACCUUACAAUAAUAAAAGUGACAUUUGGGCUCUGGGGUGUGUCCUUUAUGAGAUGUGUACACUUAAACAUGCAUUUGAAGCUGGCAAUAUGAAAAAUCUGGUACUGAAGAUAAUAUCUGGAUCUUUUCCACCUGUAUCUUUGCAUUAUUCUUCUGAUCUCCGCAGUUUGCUCUCUCAGUUAUUUAAAAGAAAUCCUAGGGCUAGACCAUCAGUCAACUCCAUAUUGCAGAAAGUUUUUAUGGCCAAACGCAUUGAGAAGUUUCUCUCACCUCAGCUUAUCGCAGAAGAAUUUUGUCAAAAAACAUUUUCCAAGUUUGGAGCACAGCCAGCUAAAAGACCAGCUUCAGGACUAAGUGUGGCUUCUGUUGGAUCUGCUCAGAAAAUUACAAAGCCUGCUGCUAAGUAUGGAGUAUCUUUAAUAAAUAAGAAACAUGGAGAUAAAAAGUUACAUGAAAAGAAACCACUCCAAAAACAUAAACAGGCCCAUCAAAUUCCAGUGAAGAAAGUGAAUCCUGGAGAAGAAAGGAGGAAAAUGUUUGAGGAAGCAGCACCAAAGAGACGGUUGGAAAUUUUUGAAAAAGAAAAGAAGCAAAAGGAUCAGAUGAGUUUAAUGAAGCCUGAACAGAUGAAAAGAUACGAAAAGGAAAGACUGGAGAAAAUUAAUAGGGCCAGAGAACAAGGAUGGAGAAAUGUGCUAAGUGCAGGUGGAAGUGGUGAAGUAAAGGCUCCCUUUUUUGGCAGUGGAGGCGCUGUAGCUCCAUCUUUUUCUUCUCGAGGACAGUAUGAACAUUAUCAUGCUAUUUUUGAUCAAAUGCAGCGGCAAAGAGCAGAAGAUAAUGAAGCUAAAUGGAAAGAACUCCAUGGCCAAAGGCUUUCAGAAAGGCAAAAAGGACAGAUAGCUGUGGAAAGAGCUAAACAAGUGGAAGAGUUUCUACAGCGAAAACGGGAAGCACUGCAGAAUAAAGCUCGAGCUGAAGGACAUAUGGGAAUCCUGCAAAACCUGGCAGCUAUGUAUGGAGGCAGGCCCAGCUCUUCAAGAGGAGGGAAGCCAAGAAACAAAGAGGAAGAGGUUUAUUUGGCAAGGCUGAAGCAAAUAAGACUGCAAAAUUUCAAUGAACGCCAACAGAUUAGAGCCAAACUUCGUGGUGAAAAGAAAGGAACUGAUAGUCCCAGAGGACAAGAAGGAAGUGAGGAAACUGAUGUGAGGCGCAAAAAAAUUGAAGCAUUGAAGGCUCAAGCAAAUGCACGUGCUGCUGUGAUAAAAGAACAAUUAGAGCGAAAAAGAAAGGAAGCAUAUGAUCGAGAAAGGAAAAUAUGGGAAGAGCAGUUGGUGGCUAAAGGAAUGAAGAGUUCUGAUGUUACUCUGCCGGUAGGGCAGAAUGAUGCAAGCGGCUCUCCAUCAAAGCAGCAGAUGAGAUGUGUCAUUUCAGUUACCUCAGCUUUGAAAGAAAUGGGUAUGGACAGAAGUUUAACUGAUACCCAGGAAACUUCAGAAGAAAUGCAAAAGACUAAUGAUGCUAUCUCAAGUAAGAGAGAAAUACUACGUAGAUUAAAUCAAAAUCUUAAAGCUCAAGAAGAUGAAAAAGGAAAGCAGUGUCACUCUGAUACUUAUGAUGCUAUUCAUGAAGAUGCCAAAGAGCAUGAAAAAGAAAAAUCAGUUUCCUCUGAUCGCAAGAAAUGGAAAGCAGGAAGUCAACUUGUGAUUCCUCUAGAUGAGUUAACAUUGGACACAUCCUUCUCUGAAAGUGAAAAUCAUACAGUGGGAGAGGUUAUUAAAUUAGAUCCUGGCGGAUCUCCGAGAAGAGUCUGGGGGAAAAGCCCUACAGAUUCUGUUCUAAAGAUACUUGGAGAAGCUGAACUACAACCUCAGACAGAAAUACUAGAAAACACGUCUCUUAGAAGUGAGAUUUCUCCUGAAGGGGAGGUGUGUAACCCCCUAACUACUAAAGAAGAAAAAGUUAACUGUGACUGUGUUUCCCUUGAAAUGAACCUAUCAGCUGCUGUUGAUUAUCCUGUUCUGACAAACAGUCCAAAGAUUUUUGAGGCCUCUCCACAGACAUCAUUGAAACCAGAAGGAAAUUUGGACGGACCUGAUGACUUGGAAACAGAAGUUUUACAAGAACCAAAUGGAACAAAGAAAAAUGGAAACUUGCCAUGCGCUAUUGAUGCAUGGAUUAAUGAGGUGCAAGAAACAAAGGAAACUGAGUUGGAAAAUAGGAUCACCAUUCAGCAAAAUGAAGUUUCUGAAAAUGGAGUUUCGAGGAAUGUGGAUCAACAUAGUGAAGUUCUAACAGAACCUGGAAUAGAUGAUUCUCAGCACUCUAAAUGUGCUGUAGAUAAAUCUAUGCAACCAGAACCAUUUUUUCAUAAGGUGGUUCAUUCUCAACACUUGAACUUAGUGUCUCAAAAUCAAUCAGUUUCAUGUUCACCAGAAGAAUCCUUCCCGCUUCGAUCUCGCUCUGAUUCACCACCAAAAACUAAAAGCAAGAAUUCCUUGCUGAUUGGACUUUCAACUGGUCUGUUUGAUGCAAACAACCCAAAGAUGUUGAGGACAUGUUCACUUCCAGAUCUCUCAAAGCUGUUUAGAACUCUGAUGGAUGUUCCCAUUGUAGGAGAUGUACAUCAAGACAAUCUUGAAAUAGAUGAAAUUGAAGAGGAGCACAUUAAAGAAGGACCUUCUGAUUCUGAAGACAUUGUGUUUGAAGAAGCUGACACAGAUUUACAAGAGCUUCAGGCCUCUAUGGAACAAUUACUUAGGGAACAACCUGGGGAAGAAUACAGUGAGGAGGAGGAAUCAGUCUUGAAGAACAGUGAUGUAGAGCAGACUGCAAAUGGUACAGAGCUGGCAGAUGAGGAUGACAAUCCCAGCAGUGAAAGUGUCCUAAAUGAAGAGUGGCACUCAGAUAACAGUGAUGGUGAGAUUACUAGUGAGUGUGAAUAUGAUAGUGUUUUUAACCAUUUAGAAGAAUUGCGACUUCACUUGGAACAGGAAAUAGGUUUUGAAAAGUUCUUUGAGGUUUAUGAGAAAAUAAAGGCUAUUCAUGAAGAUGAAGAUGAAAAUGUUGAGAUUUGUUCAACAGUAGUCCAGAAUAUUUUGGGAAAUGAACAUCAGCAUCUUUAUGCCAAGAUUCUUCAUUUAGUCAUGGCAGAUGGAGCCUAUCAAGAAGAUAAUGAUGAAUAAUUCUCAGAAUAUCCUUUAAUCCUCAACUUAUAUGAAAGCAUUUGAAUUUGGAUCAUCAGAAUAACAAACUUCAGUGGGAAAUGUAGAAACUAUUUAUAAAGGUCAGAUAUAAGGUGGGCAUGUUGGUUGCAUGGAAAAGAUUGAGAAACACUCCAUUUUUCAAUUAGGAAUCUAGCAUUUCAUUUUAAUUUUUUCUCUGCGUUCUAUAGUUACCUCCUGUAGAGCAUAUUUUUGUUAAAUUAUCCAAACAAAGCAUAAGAAACAUUGACCCAGAACUGGAUUUAAUGGUUUUGAAGACUUACCAUGUAGUCAGAUACCUUUGACUUUUAGCAAAUGUAUUUAAGUUGAAAUAAUUGUCUGCUGUAAACGAUCUCCCUGUGGGUUUUCAUUUAAGUGUUUAAGCAUGACCUUUUUCCUGUCUACUUGUUUCCAUGGCCAGUAAUUCUGAAUUAAAUAACCUUGUCAAGGGCUCUGUUUAAACCUUUACAUGUUAAAGAUGGAAUUUUUUAGCCUUAAAGUUUAUAUAUCAGUUCUUUUUCAACCAUUUUGUCCCCUGAACUAGCUCACUGAAAACAGGCUUAUAGGAAGUCUUAGAAAUCAUUGAAAAAGUAAUUAUGAAAAGAAUAACAAAAUUGUAUUUCCUGAUAUUUAAAAAGUUGAUAAUUCUGUUUCUCUUUGAGGACCAGAACCAAGAAUAUUAUAUUUAAAAAUUACUCUGUAAAUGGUAAUAUUGACCUAGCAUAUAACAAAGUUACUCUUUUUUGUUUUUCACUUCCUCUUAUGUAUGUUCCUCAAGGGCAGUAAGUGAGUAAAAAAAGGAGAAUUUUUUUCAUUUUGAUACUAUGACAGUUUGGGUAACUAGUAUUCCAAGGGAGGGAAAUGUUUGCCUCUUUUACAUAUUUUCAUUAUGAGAGGAUUUAGUUAGGUCAUUAAGAUCGUGGUUACAAAGCUUCUGCUGCAAUAUGCCAAGUAUUACCUGGUUUCAUUAGAGAUGUCUUAAGUCGAAUGCUUUUAGUAAUAAAACAUAAUUUUUGAAACUGAGUAUAAAGCAAUCUACUUGGCAUAAUCUAUAAUUUCAAAAAUAAAAUCUUAUCUUGCAGUGCUAUCAGUACUAUGUGGAAUUUCUUAUGUAUAUUAUUUCUAACAUCCAAAACUACCUGAUUUUUAUACAUUUGUUUAUUUUAUGAUAUUACUAUUAAAUUUUUAUUA